AUGGCGAACGUUACCGAUACUGUCGCCUCCGCAGGCUUUUUCGACGACCAAAUCUCAAAGCACUUGCCUGCUGCCACCGCAGGCUUCAUCUUUAUCGUCGUUGCCCUCCUGGCGCAAAGCUGGUUCAAGGUCGACCCGCUUGCCAACGUCCCGAUUGUUGGAGGUCAAGGAGGAUCAUGGAAGCGGAGGAAAGAAUUCGCAGCGGGGAAGGGAGCGGACUACUACAUUGAAGGCUACAGGAAGUUCAAGGACAGCAUCUUCCGCGUCGUCACGUUAAGAAAGCGUGACACUGUUUGCGUUCCACCAAAGUAUCUUCCCGACUUGAAGAAGCUUCCCGACGAUGUUCUUAGUUUCAACAAGGCCAUUGACGAGUCCAUGCAAGUCAAGUACACCAAGGUCGAGACAGACACUCCUCUUGUGGUGCACACAGUCCGAGCGUCUUUGACACCCGCCCUUCCCCGUCUCAACGCGACCAUCGCAGAUGAAGUUGUUGAAUCAAUGCGCCUCGAACUCCCCCAAUCCAACGAAUGGACCGAAGUCAACAUCAACUCCAAACUCCUUCGCAUCAUCGCCAUGGCUUCUGGUCGUGUUUUCAUCGGCCCCGAACUCUGCAGAGACGAGCGCUACAUCGAUGCCUCCAUCAACUACACCAUCGACCUCAUGACCGCCGUCCACAUCGUCGCAUUUCUCCCGGGUUUCGUUCGCCCCUUCGUCGCGCCGUUCCUGCCUCCGGUCAAGAAGUUGCACCGUCGCAUCGUCGAGGCUGAGGCCGUGUUCAAGCCCAUCGUCGAAGCCCGUAGAAAGGCAAAGGAGGCCAAGAGUGAUGACUACCAGGAGCCCGACGACAUGCUCCAGUGGAUGAUGAACGGCCAGGCCAAGUUCGGACAGUCAACGGAUCGAGCCCUGGCUCAGAACCAGCUGGGUAUCAGCUUUGCCGCCAUCCACACGACUUCCUUGACGACGACCAACGCCUUCUACUGGCUCGCCGCCAAGCCCGAUUUGAUCCCGAUCCUGAGAGACGACGUACAGCAAGCCCUGCUUGAAACUGGAGGCGAAUUUACCAGCCCGGCAUUGCAGAACAUGAAGAAGCUGGACAGCUUCCUGAGGGAGGUUCUUCGAUGCUCUCCGUUGUCCGUCGGCUCUUUCCAGCGCAAGGUCCUCAAGGACAUCAAACUCCCCAACGGUCAGGUCAUCCCGCAAGACGUCGUUAUCGAAAUUCCCGCCGGCGGUGUAAACCUCGACGACGAAGUCUUCCCCAACGCCCAGGAAUUCGAUGCUCUCCGCUACUAUAAGCUCCGCCAGGCCAAGGACGAGGCCGAGUCCGGUACCAAGGCAGCAGAAGUCGUUGCUCAGAGCCAAUUCGUCAGCGUCGGCACCUCCCAUCUCACUUUUGGCUACGGACGUCAUGCUUGCCCGGGCCGCUUUUUCGCCGUCAACGAGAUCAAGAUGAUCAUGGCCAACAUCUUGUGCAACUACGAGGUCAAGAUGCCAGAUGGUCUCACUGAGCGAUAUGAGAACAUCAAGUUCGGCGCGGGCUCAAUGCCCGAUCCCAGCAAAACUGUCAUGAUCAGAAAGCUCUGA